UGAGAAAAAUCUGCUCCAUAUUCCCUACAAACUGCAAAAGUGCAUUAUGGGUGUUCUGCACUCUUUAGUCCACUAACGUCCUGCAGUGCACUGUGGGAUAUCUGGAGUGCACAGAAUAUUCAACAUUAUGAAUCAUGAAAUGGAAGAGAUCCAGUCUCUCAGAAGUGAAGUACAGGACACAGUGAAAGGAAUGCAGCUGGGUUUGGGACAUGCUACUGGAGUGGAGGGAGUUGCAUAUGACCCAUGUGGGCCACCGUAGUGAAAAUGCACUCGUGUUUUUAGGAUGAUCUCUAGGACAUGUGUUGCUGGUAGUGUGUGGGUGUGAUGGUUUGAAGAUCAGUCAGGGGGGUGUGGUUUUGCUGACCAGUGACGUAACAAUAGUAGGUAACUUUGUCGGACAUAUUUUCAGUUUUCCGCAUUUCUGAAGCUGUUGCAGAGAGAGAGAGAGAGAGAGAGAGAGGAUGAGCGGAUACAGGAGCUGCACAGGCCACACUUUAAAGUGCGUUUUAAGUUGCGGAAGUUGUUUCCUGCAGUGCGCAGGGUUUAGUGUGGAAAUAAUUCCCACUGUAAUGAACUUUACUGUUGGAAAGCAGCGGCGGUGAAGAGACGGAGGAUCUGAGCACAGAGAGAGAGAGAGAGAGACUGAUCCAUGGAUUUCCACCUGUGUUUACACGGAAACCUGCGCAGUGAACAAAGAGCUCAGAGGGAGAAAUCAGCGCUGAGGGAGCUGCAGAGCAGCGCAGCUGGAUUUCUGCAGCGGUUGUGUUGUGUUUGAGAGAGAGAGAGAGACUGCAGUGUGUUGCAGUGAUGGGACUCAGGGUUGAGGCGGUGAUCUGGGGAUUUGUGUGGCUUUGUGUGAUAAAAUGCCACUCAGGACAGACUCCAUACUGCGACAACGGAAAGGCAAACCUGGAGAGGGACCUCCCGCCUCCGGAUGAGUUUCUGUGCCCGACGCCAAGACCAGCAACAUCAGCCCCGCAGCUUCUUGAUAUUUCCACCAAAUAUUUUCUACAGCCAGCUGAGCAGGUCUGCAUGGAUCUGCCCAUAACAUACAAUGACACAAUCCCCAACAGUGGAGCUCACAGGCCUGUAGGAGCUCAGAGUGGAGAGUACCUGUACUGCCCUCCUCAGCGCUGGAUAAACAACCUGAAGGAUGGCGCCACAGUGCUCCUGUUUCACCCCUGUGUUUUGGAGGACGCUCGCAGGAGUCUGGUAGCAGUGGCUCACUCCUGCUUACCUCACUUCAUCCUCACAGCUCAUCCUCAACUCAGCCAGCACAGACCAUUUGCCUUGGUCUCCUGGGGUCACACUCUAGAGAUGUCCCACAUCACCAUAGCAGGAGUGUGUGAGUGGUUACUCACAUCUUCCUCCAACUUUAACCAAAAAACACCAAGCCGAAGCCAGAAUUACACCCUGUAUUUGACAAAAGCUGCCCCAGUGGAGCGUGUGCUGGCUACCUCUGUGAAGUCACUGAAAGCAUGCUGUGUGGAGGCUCUGUCUGCAUCCGAGGCUACAGCGAGAGCAAGGAAGAGCCGAUCAGUCCUGCAGCCUGCAAACGGAGAAAUGGAGAAAGAAGACGUGAAGCACUCUGAAAAUCCUUCAUCUAUCAGCUCUGAGUCCGAUACGCUGCAUUCUACACACACACAGCCACUGUACAAUAGAGAGGGUAAAGAUUCACUAUCUAUAGACCCUCAUGGCAAUGUCACACUCCCUCUCCACGCUGCCGUGCGCUCAGAGGAGCAUGGCGGUGGUGCUGUGGAGACAGACGCAAAGAUAACUGCCACACAGAUGAGAAGAGUAAAAGAGCCACAUGGGAGCACCAGGGGUGAGGAAACGGUGGUUAAGGUGAUGCAUGAUUCACAGACUGAUGUGAAGUCUCACAAGAAGAGCGGCACUGUGGCUGCGGGGAAGCAGCGUAUUAAGACUGAUGUAGCCGAGCUGAGUGCAGGAGGAGGCUGUGCAGUUCCAGGUCACUGCAGACCUCCCGAUGUGGCCACUACAGUGUUAGGAGGACCGCCGAAAGGACGCAAGAUGAGCGUCCAGCACACUGAUGAGGCCGUGUGGGCGGCAGCAGCUCUGGGCUUCCUCCUGGUGCUGCUCGUGCUUUCAGUGCUUCAUACACGCCUGUACCGUAACUGCCGUGCACCAUCCAGCCUGUACUGGUGCGAGAGCCAGCAGGAUUAUGAAAGUGUAGCAGACGUCAUUCGCAGGAGGCUGAGGAUGGUGGGAAGGAGGAAGAGAAGAUUGAACCACAAAAGGCAGCAGGAGUGUCCUUUGCUCUCUGACUCCAGCACUGAUAAUGACUUGGACUGACUGGCUGUACAGGAGUGUGUUAUCUGAGCAGUCCGGUCUCCCUCCAUUGAAUAAAGCUGAGUCUGUAUUUUACAGCACUGCAGCUCCUUGUGGAGCACAGACAAGUAAAUGCAGUAUUCAGGAACCAUAAACAUGACCUCAAGCAGGGGGUUUUCCCCACACACCAAUGAAGUCUAUAAACGCUCCGACUCGUAACUUUAUUUAAGUCUUUUAAUUGUAUUUUUGAAGGUACAAUGCCUCAGCAAAGUAUUCACCCCCAGUGAUUAUUUCUCUCUUUGUUCUGUUUAAGCACAUCGGAAUGGGAUUUUUUUUCUUUUUUUUUGUGCUACUGUUGAAGUGACUCUCUGCAAAAAUAAAAUGAAUGAAUUUGAUGCCCUCAGAAUUAUUUGAAAAUUUAAAAAAAUCUAAAAACAGUUUACUUGAUAAGUAUUCACCCCCCUCAGUGUUAAUUGUCCUUUUUAAGCAAGAAUAAAUGCUGUUUUAUAGGCUUUUAUAUAUAUAUAUAUAAUAUAUAUGAGAGAGAGAGGAUAUUACACGGUUGCAUGAAGAUAUGAAGAUUAUAUACAAGUGGGGCGGCACGGUGGUGUAGUGGUUAGCACUGUCGCCUCAGAGCAAGAAGGUCCGGGUUCGAGCCCCGUGGCCGGCGAGGGCCUUUCUGUGCGGAGUUUGCAUGUUCUCCCCGUGUCCGCGUGGGUUUCCUCCGG